CCUCAUUUCCUAGAGCUGACUGCACUCUUUAAUUCUUUCUGAAUGCUACUUUCUCUUCUCUGAAUCUACUCGUUUCAUCCUCUCCUAAUAAAUAUACAAGUAACAUCUCGAGUUAUACUCAAAUACUCCACUCAACUUACACAACAACAACAACAACAACAACAACAACAGCAUCCCCGGUGUCCACUGCGAUGACAAGCCUCCCGUCCAACGUCCGCGUCUCGACGCAUCCAUGCCUCAAAGCAAAGAUUUCGCAAUUGCGCUCAUCUUCGUCUCAUGCGCGCGUUGUCAAUGCGCUCGUGCAUGAGAUUUCCACAAUACUAGCCUGCGAGGCGCUGGCCAGCGGACUGACUACGAAACCUGGAGACACCGACACCACUCCACUAGGAUACACCUACACAACCGACGGGAUCAGCCCGACACACAUUUCGCUCGUGCCUAUUCUGCGCUCCGGUCUGUCCAUGGUAGAAGCAUUCCAAACCCUCCUCCCGCACUCCGUACCCGUGCACCACCUCGGGCUCUUCCGCGAACCCAGCACGCUGCAACCAGUCGAAUACUACAACAACCUGCCGUACCACCGGCCAUCAAGCACGGGCGCCGAGACGAGCGCCGCGUCGGACCUCGCGAUCCUGCUGGACCCGGUGAUUGCGACGGGCGGGACGGCGUCGGCGGCGAUCCAGACGCUGCGGGAGUGGGGCGUGAAGAAGGUGAUACUGGUGAGCGUGGUUGCGAGCGCGGCGGGGGUGGCGCAUGCGGCGGAGGAGUGGACGGACGGGGUGCAGGUGCUUGUGGGCAGCGUGGAUGGGGAGUGCGAUGAGCAGGGGAUGAUUAAGCCGGGACUGGGCGAUGUGGGGGAUCGGUUGUUUUUGACGAUUGGGAAGUAAGUUACAUCGCGGGGGGAGGG